GCUGAGAUCCUGAGCAUGUUUGUGGCCAUCUUGCGUAAGAGUUACCUCAACCUCCAGGCCUGUUCAGAGGUGUCCAUCAUAGAGAAACUGGUUCAAAGGUUACCAAGCAGUGAUGAAAUGAUUGCAGAUUUGCUGAUAGAGAUUAUUGGUGUAUUAUCCAGCUAUAGCAUCUCAGUCAAAGAACUGAAACUCAUCUUCAGAAGUCUCAAAGGUGCAGAUAAUAAAUGGCCAAAGCAUUCUGUUCGACUACUCCAAGCUCUGAGACUGAUUCCACGCAGACAUGGGCCUGAUGUCACCUUCAGCUUUCCUGGCAAAGAUGGCGCUGCUAUAGCACUCCCGCCCAUUGCCCGAUGGCCUUACCAGAAUGGAUUCACAUUCUCCACCUGGUUUAGAGUGGAGCCUAUCAAUACCAACAUUGAGAGGGAUAAGCCAUACCUAUACUGCUUCCGAACAAGCAAAGGUGUUGGAUACUCUGGUCACUUCAUGGGGUCGUGCCUGGUUGUGACCUCUGUCAAGGUCAAAGGUAAAGGGUUCCAGCACUGCAUCAAGUAUGACUUCCAACCGAGAAAGUGGUACAACGUGACAGUGGUGCAUGUGUACAACCGAUGGAGGACCAGCGAGAUCAAGUGCUACGUCAACGGAACCCUCGUGUCUUCUGGUGAGAUGCAGUGGUAUGUCAGCACUAGUGAUCCAUAUGACAAGUGUUUUCUUGGUUCGGCGCCCACGGCAGACAAGGAGAGAACCUUCAGUGGCCAGCUGUCAUCUGUGUAUCUGUUCAGUGAAGCCAUAUCACCACAGUGUAUCCAUGGAAUAUACCUCCUAGGUCCAAACUACAGGAGUCACUUCAAGUUCCCAUCGGAGAGCGACGUGAGCCUUCCAGAUCAGUUCAAGAAGGUCCUCUACGAUGGCAAGCUGACCAACAGCAUCGUGUUCCUCUACAACCCUGCUGCUACGGAGUCUCAGCUCUGUCUGGAAUCAUCACCCAAGGGCAACCCCUCGUUCUUUGUGCAUUCUCCGCAUGCCCUCAUGGUUCAGGAUGUGCGAGCCAUCGUGACGCACUCCAUCCACAGCACAUUGCAUUCCAUCGGUGGUAUACACAUGCUGUUCCCUAUUUUCACUCAACUAGACUUCAUCCAUCAAGAACUCAGUGCUAAGACUGAAGAGGAGACUCCUGCAGUAUGUCCUCUGCUAUUAGGAUUACUGUGUGAUCUACUGAAGGGUUCCAUGUCAACUCAACAACAGAUGGUCCAUGGGCGAGGCUUCAUCAUCCUAGGCUACAUCCUACAGAAGGCCUCACCACAGCACAUGACAGGUACUGUCUUGGAGCUGUUCCUAGACCUGGCCAAGCACUUUAACAACCUACCCACUGGGAUCCAGCUCCUACGUCAUCUUGUAGAUCACAUCCUCUUCAAUCCAUCGCUAUGGAUACAUACCCCUAUCAAGGUCCAGAUUUCGCUCUACACAUUCCUUGCCAACGAGUUUGUGGGUCAGGCAUCCAUCUACACCAAUAUCCGUAGGGUCAGCACGGUCCUUCAGUUGAUGCACACUCUCAAGCACUACUACUGGAUCGUCAACCCAGAGAACAGGAGUGGAAUCGUGCCAAAGGGCUUGGAAGGGAAUCGGCCCAGCCUUGACGACCUCUUGACACUGAGGGCACUCAUCCUGCGUGUCACCAAGCAACUGAUUCUCAAGGAGAAGUCUGCCAAUGACGAGGAGCUUCAGAUCAUUCUCAACUAUCUCAUGACCAUGCAUGAGGAUCUCAACUUGAAGGAUGUUCUCCAACUCUUGCUCUCUCUGAUGGCAGAAAACAUCAAUGGCUUGGCAGUCGCAUUUGACAGGAAAAAUGGCAUCAGGACUGUAUUCAAGCUGUUGGCCUCAAGCGAUGAAGCGGUUCGCGCUCUCUCCCUCAAAUGCCUCUCCCUCUUCCUCAGCCGACUCCCACACAAGAGGAAGAUGGAUCUGAUGUAUGCUCAUAACCUGUACUCUCUCCUUGGAGAAAGAAUGCAACUCACAUCAAAUACACUCACACUCACCAUGUACAACUGUCUCUUUGAGCUGUUGACAGAGAGAGUGAGUUUGCAGGUCAUGUCUACAAGGCAUCCAGAACCAGACAAGACAUAUAGAGUCAUGAACCCAGGGAUGUUCCAUGUGAUAGCCAGACUCCUGCGCCAGUCUGUUCCUAGUCCUGAAUCCAUGGAUGUGAGGAGACUGUUCCUAUCGGAUAUGAUCCUUCUCUUCAACAACAGCAGAGAGAACCGCAGAAUCCUACUGCAGUGCUCCGUAUGGCAGGACUGGAUGAUCUCUCUCUCCUACAUCUACCCCAAGAACGAUGAAGAGAAGAAGGUCUCUGAGAUGGUCUACUCUCUCCUACGCAUGCUCCUCCACCAUGCCAUGAAGUACGAGUGGGGCGGAUGGAGGGUGUGGGUCGACACCCUGUCUAUCCUGCAUUCCAAGGUGUCCUUUGAAGACCACAAGAAUGACCUCCUCAAGGCUUACACCCACUACCAGAACCAGCAGAGUGAGGAUGGGGGCAGCCCCCGCGGGGUCCCACUCAACAUCUCUGAGGCCGUGGCUGCCGGGGCCAAACUGCCCCAGUCAGGCCGGCCACGCCAGCCAGACCAUUCCAUCAGCGCGCUGGCUGCGAUGACCGGUGGGGAUGGGCUGGACUAUGAGGUCGUGGAGGAUGAUCCAAGCAACCCGUAUCCACCCCGUGAAAGGAUGGUGACAGAAGCUGAGUUGGUGAGGAUACGUCGUAAGCAGGAGGUGAGAUCCUUCCUGAAUGAUGUGAUUGACAAGGUGGUUACCAUGGUAGAGAAGGACGAACCUAAGGGAUCAGCAGAAGGAGACAAAGCUGAGGCUGUGUCUACCGAUGCUUCAAACAGUGCUGAUGGCAAUGAAGAUAGUUCGAGUGUCUCUAAGGACAGCCCAGCCAUCCUGCCCCUGGCCAACAUCACCACCAACGAGCAGAUCCUGCAGGCUGCUGACUACACCACCCAGGUACCCCUGGAGGAGGAGGUCAGGCAGAUGGAGGCCGGAGCUAGUGGUGGAGGUGGUGGUGGAGACACGCCCAGUCAGAGGGUCUUCAGUCCUGGACCCCAUCAGGCUCCAUACCGUAUCCCUGAAUUCCAGUGGUCCCACAUGCACCAAAGGAUGAUGUCUGAUCUCCUGUUUGCUAUUGAGACUGAUGUACAGGUCUGGAGGAGCCACAACACAAGGACAGUGAUAGACUAUGUCAACGCAGGAGAAAACACCAUCUUUGUCCAGAACGUGACCCAGAUGAUCUCCCAAAUCAUGGAUGUCCUCAUCUACUCCUGCGGUGGCAUCUUACCUCUCCUCUCAGCGGCAACAUCCAGAAGUCAGCAACAAGACCCUGAUAUAGCCGAACCAACCCAGAACCUGCCUCUCGACGUCGGCAUCUCCUUCAUCAACCGCAUUAUGAACCUGGUCGACGUCUUGGUCUUUGCUAGCAACCAGAACUUUGGAGAGCUGGAAGCAGAGAAGAGUGUUGCUAGAGGAGGCAUCCUCAGGCAAUGUCUGCGACUCACCUGCUUCUGUGCGAUUCGCAAUGUUCUGGAGUGCCGCUUCCGGAUGCAUCCCUCUCCUUCGUCCAGUACAGUAAGUCUCAACAAGCCUGCUCCGGCUGAGCCUAGCACGCCCACAGGCAGUAUACAUACACUCAUCCAGGCAACACAACCAUCCCCUAGGGCCGCCACUAAUAUCAGGCUCCCCGGUUUUCUGAAGAACAUUGUGGAGAACCUUGCGAGUCCAAUGUCUCCCGUACGAGAUCUGGAGAGACUGCUUCAAGACAUGGAUAUCCAUAGGCUUAGAGCAGUCGUCUACAGAGAUGUGGAGGAGAGCAAGCAGGCCCAGUUCUUGGCCCUGGCUAUCGUUUACUUCAUCUCGGUCCUGAUGGUGGCCCGUUACCGUGACAUCCUCGACUCAGACAACUCUCCAUCCCUCUCCCGACAAAAUUCCAUCCAGAAGUCUCAGGUCUCUGCUCAGGACAUCGAACAAGAAAUGGACAACAGGGCCUCCCAGACGGCACAGGGCAGGAGACAGGUGCAGGAGGGAUCCAAGGAGCACGUGGCUCCGACCGGUGCUCCUGCAGGAGCCCAAGUUUCCGUCAACCAGGAGGAUGCACAUGGAGUCAGGAAGGAGCCCCUUGGUGCUGCCUCCCAGGAACAUGAUGGAGCUCAGAGGACGGCAGAGGAGCAAAUCAAGCAUAAUGCAGUUACUCCCACUAUGAAUAACAAGGAGGCGACCAGGGUACCUGCAGAGAAAGAGGGAGCGAUGGAACAAGUAGAUGAGGAGGAAGAAGAAGAAGAGGAAGAGGAGGAUAACAGGAUGAGAGAAGAUCCUUCAUCUCAGGAUGGCAGCAGCGCUGAGCAGGAGGAGGAGAAGACAGACAAGGAGAAGGAGAUCAAUGACGAAGAUGAAGGCAAGUUGAAGGACACCAUCGAGAAUGGCCUCGAUGUCAAGAAGACCCUCUCCACCAGCGACAUCAUCCCCACCGUCACCGAGGACAUGUCAGGCAAGGACGGAGAUGAGCUGCAGGAGGUCUCCUUGGAAAAUGGCUCCCUAGAAGGAGACGAGGAGGAGGAGACCAAGGCCCCUACUCCGCCCACCAAGGAUACCGCAUCCCCAACCGCAGUCAACAAGGGCGAGGCCGGGGAGUCGACGGAGGAGGGCGGGGCUGAAGGAGCGAUGCCUCCUCCGAAGGGUACAUCGUCGAUAUCCUCCAUCGUCAUGGCGUCAGAGAAAGUUGGUGAGUCGGAUGAAAAGCGACCAAUUCACACUUGGCCAUGGACAGGAACCAAGAAUGGUGAACAACCACCUGGUGCCCAGGGCACAGGUACCGCCGGUCUCGAUGCCCCUGUACCACCCGGUGAAACCCCCACUGUCCAAUACACCAACACCCCUCUACCAGCAGAAGUCCAGGAGAAGUCUGGGCUCUACCGGCCCCCACCCCUGGAUCUGUCGGGCAUGGCUGAAGGGUCGAUGGCCCCUUCCCUGGCAGAGAAGAAGCUGGUGGCUGGGGCAUCGGAAGGCACUGUUGAAGAGAGAUUGACCAAGGCCUUGGAGACGGCUGCUCCACUCCUAAGAGAGAUCUUCCUAGACUUCGCUCCCUUCUUGUCCAAGACACUGCUUGGAAGCCACGGUCAGGAGCUUCUGAUUGAAGGGCUGAUAACCAUGAAGUCAUCCAACUCCGUCAUUGAGCUUGUCAUGAUGCUGUGCUCUCAGGAGUGGCAGAACUCCAUUCAAAAGCACGCUGGCCUGGCCUUCAUAGAGCUGGUCAACGAGGGCAGGCUUUACUCUGGCCUGACGAGGGAACACCUCCUGCGUGUGGCCAAUGAGGCGGAGUUCAUCCUCAGUAGGCACAGGGCGGAGGAUGUUCAGAAGCAUGCAGAGUUUGAGUCGUUAUGCGCUCAGACGUCAAUGGACUGUCGAGAGGAGGAGAAGAUGUGUGAUCACCUGAUCACCGCCGCUAAGAGGCGGGACCAUAUCCUGGCCAGUCAGCUCAUCCAGAAGACCCUCAAUAUCCUCACCAACAAGCAUGGUGCAUGGGGGAAAUUGACAGAAGGGCCAAGGGAGUAUUUCCGCUUGGAUAUGUGGGAGGAUAAUACGAGACGUCAUCGCCGUCUGGUGCGUGACCCAUUUGGAUCCUCACACACAGAAGCGACUCUGAAAGCAGCCAUCGAGCAUGGUGAACCUGAAGAUGUAGUAGAGAAGGCCAAGCAAGCCCUCCAUGCCCAGAUAGCAUCUAAGCAGCGUGGCUCACAAGCUUCUGAUGCUGCUGAAGAGGAUGAGACAAGCAUACAAGAGGAUGCAGAACUGGAGAACGAGCUCGAAGGUCCUGUAGUUUACACCACCUCUGCUCAAAUGAUUGCACCAUGCGUCGUCACCAAGGGAACGCUGUCCAUCACUUCGGCUGAGAUGUACUUUGAGGUGGAUGAGGAUGAUGCCAGCUUCAAGGAAUCGGACCCAAAGGUAGGAAAGAAAACUUGCAUGCCUGUCUUGGUUUUCUGGUGUUUGUUGUGCAUUGUAUUGUGACAAAUGUUAAGAAAGAAGAAAAAAAUAAGGCCUGACAAUUUCUAUUAUUCUUUGUUUUUUGGCAC